CUAUUCUCCGUGAGGGCGGGGCAAGGGGAGCUACGUUCUUCUGUCGGGCGCGCGCCGCCGCCGUUAGGUUAUUAGCGCUGCAGGGAAAAUGGUGUCGCUGCUGCCGCGCAUUGAGCGGCUCUCCUCGCGGGUGGUGCGCGUGCUGGGCUGUAACCCGGGCCCCAUGACCCUGCAGGGAACCAACACGUACCUGGUGGGAACCGGCCCCAGGAUCCUUAUUGACACAGGAGAGCCAGCUGUACCUGAAUAUAUUGGCUGUUUAAAACAGGCACUGACUGACUUCAACAUCUCAAUCCAGGAAAUUUUAGUGACACACUGGCACCAUGAUCAUACUGGAGGCAUAUCUGAUGUUUGUAGAAACAUCCACAAUGGUUCCGAAUAUUGCAUAAGUAAGCUUCCACGCACUCCUCAUCGUGAGGAAAUAAUAGAAGGAGAAAAGCUAAAGUAUUCAUAUCUGAAAGAUGGAGAUGUGUUAAAAACUGAGGGAGCCACUCUCAGAGUUUUAUAUACACCUGGGCACACUGAUGAUCAUAUGGCUUUACAUCUAGUGGAAGAAAAUGCUAUAUUUUCUGGUGACUGUAUUCUAGGAGAAGGGACAGCAGUAUUUGAAGACUUGUAUGACUACAUGAAAUCACUGGAAAUGCUGUUGCAAAUGCAAGCUGACUUAAUAUACCCUGGACAUGGCCCCGUAGUACAUGAUGCACAUGCUAAAAUUCAAGAAUACAUUUCUCACCGAAAUGCACGUGAACAACAAAUCCUAAAUGUUUUGCAGGAGAAUGCUGGAAAAUCAUUUACAUCAAUGGAGCUUAUAAAGAUUGUAUACAAGACAGGUAUAGGCUGUGGUGGGAGAGCCUGUUGUGGAAGGAACAGUUAUGUGAGGAGAGGUGGUUUCAAGGAGAAGCUCCAUUACUUCAGGAAACUCCUGAAAACUUACUUAAAGCAGCAGAAAAUAACCUUACCCUUCACUUAAGGAAAUUAGAAAAAGAAGGAAAAGUGUUAAAUGAAAAGUCUCCCAACUUCAGGUGGAAAAGCAGUUUGUAAGUGUUGCAAGAAAUAGAAACAAGAUUGUGUAUUCUCAGAUAAAUACCUACACGCAACCUCUUUUAUAUAAAUACAUGAACUUGUAUAUGCAGAACAUUGGAUGGAGAAUUAGAGGAAUCCAAAAGCACUCCGCUGUUAUGUAAAAUCAGAACAACAUUUUUGUUAGGAAAGAAAAAUAAAUUACAUAAUUCUGCUCUCUUAUAUAAAUUUUACGUAAUCUAUUGUUACAAAGUACUCAGAUAACCAAUGAUUGUCAUAUUCUGUCUGAUGGGAAUUGAAAAAGCUUGUGUAUUCAGUUAGUCAAAUGAAGUUACUGUGAACAGCUGUAUGUUGUUCUUUUUGUAAAAUUGUUGACUUUGUGUUGCCACUGACAGAAAACAGCUAGUAAAGGUACUAUUAUAGUAUAAAGUAAUUAUUGAUGACAACUGUAGUGCAAAAACUGAUUGAAAAGGUGGCAGAGUGACUUUCACAAUGACCUAUUUUCACUUGUUCAUACUACUGCAAAAAUGACUUUAUUUGGGAUCUGUGAGUGCUCAACCCUUCUGAAAAUCCAGCCACUUUUAUUAAGAUAUCUAAGUAUUGUUUUUUGGAGCCUAAUUUUAGACACCCAAAGUUGAAAUUUUUGGCCUCUAUGUCGGCUGUUGCUAUUUAAUCUAGAAAGAUUCAAUGCAAGAGCUAAGUGAGCAAAAAAGUAGUUCCAGCUUUUUGUAGUCUCUGAGGAAAAACCUUUCCUAGCAGAUUUAGUGUAAGGAGCUACUGUUAAUUUUAACUGUUCGUGCCAGUUAAGACAAUUGUUUA